AUGAGGAGGAUGAAAAUUUUAAGUAUUACUGGAAUAUUGUUGGUGCUGGUGGCAGGUGGCUUGACGAUUGUAUUAGCAGUCCCUACAACGCAGGUUUCUGAUGCAGGGCGUCACCGGGGGCCUGAUUCAUGCACGCCGGUUAUUAUUGCACAUCGCGGCGCUAGCGGGUACGCCCCUGAACAUACUCUCGGAUCAUACGCCCUUGCUAUUACUAUGGGGGCAGAUUAUGUUGAACCAGAUCUUGUGAUAACAAAAGAUGGCCAGCUAAUAGCGAGACACGAUAACGAACUGGGGCUAACUACAGAUGUCGCUUCCCAUCCAGAAUAUCUUCAUCGUCGAAAAACUCAAACUAUUGAUGGAAAAGAAGUCACUGGUUGGUUCACAGAAGAUUUUACACUAGAAGAAAUCAAAUCAUUGAGAGCAAUAGAACGCAUUCCGGAUAUAAGGCCAGGAAAUGCACGAAUGGAUGGCACUUUCGAAAUACCAACAUUUCAAGAAAUUAUAAAUUUAGUAAAAGGAUUACAAAUAAGUCUACGAAAAACUAUUGGACUUUAUCCUGAAAUAAAACAUAGCAGUCACUUUAAGAACUUAGGAUUGCCGAUGGAGCAACUUCUGGUAAACACCUUACAUAGAAAUGGUUACGUCGAUUCUGAUGCAUCCGUUUAUAUUCAAUCUUUUGAAGUAAAUAAUUUAAAGGAACUUAAGAAACUCACCAAACUCAGGUUAAUACAACUAUAUGAAAGUGAUAUGACGCUUCAACCGGCAGAUCAAGUUUUAGAGCGUAGUGGUCUCACCUACGGCAAUAUGUCAACACCAGAAGGGUUAGCUGAGGUCGCAAGGUAUGCUGCAGCUGUAGGACCAGACAAAACCUCUAUUAUUCCUCGAGAUGCUGACAACAAACUCGGGGAACCGACAAGUUUUGUUGCAAAUGCUCAUGCUAAUGGACUUAAAGUUCAUCCUUAUACCUACCGAGCCGAGAAUGUAUUCCUUCCUAAAGAAUACCAAAGUGAAGACCCAUCAGAAUCGGCGAGAGGAAAUUUGGCAGGAGAAAUACAAAGGUAUAUCGAUGCCGGUAUAGACGGACUCUUUUCCGAUCAACCUGAUGUUGUCUUACGCUUGCGGGGUCCAUGUUUG